CCGGCUUUUAGAUCUUGUUCGGUGCGGUUUCCCCCCUCUUCCCGUCAUCCCUGUUUCCGCUUUCUCCAGCCUCUGUGGAUUCCACCUCUGAAGCAUUUCGCGCGGCUGGGGCUCGAGUGACGUCAUUUCUCCGCGCCGCGAGGCCACCAGCCGGCGGAGGAAGGAACGGUUUAACCGCCCUUCGCUGCCUUUGUUGGGCUAUUGCUCCUCCGGAUCAUGGCGCCGUCUCUAUGGAAGGGGUUGGUGGGCAUCGGCCUCUUCGCUCUGGCCCACGCGGCCUUCUCCGCCGCGCAGCAUCGUUCUUAUAUGAGAUUAACAGAAAAGGAAGAUGAAUCACUGCCAAUAGAUAUAGUUCUUCAGACACUUCUGGCCUUUGCAGUUACCUGUUAUGGUAUAGUUCAUAUUGCAGGGGAAUUUAAAGACAUGGAUGCCACUUCAGAGCUAAAAAAUAAGACAUUUGACACAUUAAGGAAUCACCCCUCAUUUUAUGUAUUUAAUCACCGCGGUCGAGUACUAUUCCGGCCUUCAGAUCCAGUAAACUCUUCAAAUCAAGAUGCGUUGUCGUCCAGUACAUCAUUGAAAUUACGGAAACUCGAAUCACUGCGUCGUUAAGAUAUCUGACAGAUUGCGGUAUCAGGACAGGACACGGAGCUGGAAUAUUGGAGUUUGGGGUAUAAAACUCCCCCAUCAGUAUUUAUAAUGAAAUUGCAAAACUAAUUUAAAAAAAAAACACAACAAAAAGUCCAGGGCCCUUGUUUGUACACUGUCAAUCCAAUUAUUAAUAUGAUGUCAGUUAUCUGUGAAAGGGAUCUGAUCUUUCUGAGGAAACUCUCCAAACAAAGCCACAGCACUUCUGGGGCUGUGGGUGGGUGGGGAGCUUUUAAGUGCUAGAGUAUGGCCUAAGGUAUAAGUCAGCCCUUCACCAGCUUAACUUGCCCUUAGCCAAAGUUUGAUCCCCACUAAUCUCCCCCA